AUCCAAAAAACAGACCGUGCUACAUCCCUGCACUGUAAUCAGGCAAAUAGAAAGCUUAAUUUUUUAUGGAAUUUUACCUUUUAUAAAUGAAUAAAGUACAAAAAAAUAAAGAAAAAGAGGGGGGCGCUGUUUGUUGUUUGGCACCUCGAUACACGGAGUCCUUUGGGCUUCCUGCACCGGAAGUUCGUCAUGUUUUGUUGUGGCUCGCAAGGGGUUGUGGGUCAAGGUGUGAAAUCCCGCGAAGUGUUGAGAAACAGCAAGCGCAUUUGUUGGCUGCACACGUGCAAAACUCUUAAAGUAAAACGUUUUACUGCCUUUUUACAGUCCGUUUUUGGGUAAUACUACUGAAUGAUUCAGUAUGAUGCAUGUUACACCUAGAAGACCUGGUCUGCGAAAGCCGACAAUACCAAGCCACAAGCCUCCCCCAAGCACAGACAUACAAACAAACGUCAACCAUGGCUUACAAAAGAAGCUAAUGAUGCUAGAUCAGCAUGAUGAAGCUUUGAAAAAUGAAAUUGUGGCUUCAUUGGAGGAGGGAUUGAUUACUGCCAGUGAAUGUUUGCAGUUAUUUAUUAAUACAGCAUGGAAAGACAGGAAUAACAAGCCACAUAUUGCUGAGUUGUUUCAUAAAAUCACCCAAGAAACUGAUGCAGAUUUUUCUUUACUAAUUGACAGUAAAUGCAAUAAUUUGCUCAAAGUGUUAACUGUGCUUGGUAAACCAACUAUCAGUGAUCUAUCAAUGGUAACUUUACUUGCUAACUUGUAUCAUAUCAAAGAUCUGCCAAGUGAUCACAAAGAUGGUUUGGAGAUGUAUCUUAUUGAUAUUGCCAAGGCAUUUUGGCCAUACUUUAUGCCUGAAAAGAACUCUAGCAUCUGGAAUGAUGAUGUUUGUGAUUGUGUAUGUGAUGUUCUUAUGACUGUUGGCCGGACACUAAAUGAGAAGUGUCCAAUAAACAUGGAACGUUCCUUCAAUAAUAUAACCAUCAUGAUGUUUUCAUCAUGUACUAUAUCAAGCUACACUCUCUUAAGAUUCUUAGAGUUAAAGGAAUUAAGGGCAGCCAACUGGUGUUUGACAAACACGGCCAAGUCUUACUACAGAUCAGCAUAUUCCAAACAUGAUAGAAGCAAUUCCUGCAAUAGCAACUCACCUGUCUCACAGUCAUCACUUGAUGAUGAUGAUGAUGAUGAUGAUGAUGUGUUUAACAAUGAACAGUACAAAGUGACAAUCUCUAAAAAUCAUCUCAAAAAUGGCUUAAAUCAUCCUGUAGUUGUGCAUGUACUAGAAUGUAAGAAUCCCAUUGACUCCAAUCAAGCCACUCUUACUGAACGGCCUGAGCUGACUAAAAAUUUCACUUGUGAAGAUGAGGAAAUACAACUUGCACAACCUGUUACUUCAAUGGAUGUCAGACCAGAUAACCCUUUAGAUCACACAACAUUGUCAGAUACCAACACUAGUUUUGGUAACAAUGCUGGAUUUUCCAACCAGUCAAGCUUUUAUGACUCACACGUUGACUUAACACUGCAUGGUAGCACUUCAUCUUCAAAUUCUGAAAACAUUGUGCACGGGCCACAGGGCUUUCCUGGCAGUAUCAGCUCACGUGGUGGCUUUCCAUGUCCAGGGAGCAGCACAUCUUUACUGAGAACACUUUCAGAAAAUGACAGUAAUUUCAGUAGCAAUGAUGCACAUGUCAGACCCCAGGGCUUUCCUGGCAGUACCAGCUCACCUGGUGGCUUUCCAUGUCCAGGAAGCAGCUCAUUUUUACCAAGAACACUUUCAGAAAAUGACAGAAAUCCUAUUAGCAACGGUACACAUCUAAGACCCCAGGGCUUUCCAGGUAAUACCAGCACACAGGGUGGUUUUCCAAAACCGUGGAACCAUCCCUUCCAAAGAACACUUUCAGAAAGUGAUAAUACUUGUGACAGAAAUGUUGAGCAAUUCAGGCCACAUGGAUUUCCUGAUACCAACUUUCAAGGUGGCUUUCCAAGAUCAAGCAGUCGUUCCUAUCAGAGAACUAUGUCAGAAAAUGGUAGUAAUGAUAAUGAGCAGAACAGACCACAAGGUUUUCCUGGCAGCUUGCAGGUUGGCUUCCCACGACAGACAAACCACCACUUCUUGAAGAGAGCGUUUUCUGAGAAUGACAGCAUGGAUAAUGUGGGUGGAUUUCCAAGAAUACAAAGACAAAACAGUCAGGAUAGGUCUUGGAAGUGUAUGCUAGAGUUCCCUGUUCAAGAGGAGAAUGGAAGUAGUGAUACGAAUUCACGGCUCUACUUACUAAGCUUUGCUACAAACCCUUCUUCCUUGGAAAGACCUGCAGACUUAACCCUAACACAACAACUCCAAGAAGAAAAGCCCUGGUUAAGAGAUGUAGUACUGAAUAAACCUGUGACAGUGUUGGAUCGGUUUGGUCGAAUCACCAAUGGCUUCAUGAAUUAAACCUCCUGUAUGCCUUACCAAGAACUCCUCCCUAUUGUUGAUUCAACUAUUUCUCACUACACAUAACAGUGAAGUAAAUAGGACCAUUACAGAAGUGUAGAAAACAGGCUAUUUUAAAACUUUGAUUAGGAAAGAAACUCCAAUAUUCAUUUUCUACUUGACCUUCAUUGGGCGUGGACUGAGAAGAAAACAGAGACCUUCUGAUAGAUCUUCAGAUUCUGUUUCACAAUCUUGUUUUCCCUGUUUCUAAUAUGAUUCUAUUUAGCUUUUCUAUUUUAUUGUAUGUUUGAAAGUGGUGCACUUCAGACUGGUUCGUGUUCGGGUCUAAUGUCUCUCAUGUUUCUGAACAACUUGAAGACCAAGGCAUGUUAAGUGAAUAAUCUAGUCGGGUUAUUUUACAAAAUAAAGAGAAUUUUUAACGAAA